GCUGCGGCUGGAGCCGAGCGCGCCGCGUCGCCCGCCGCCGGUGCGGAGCGUGGGGAGCACUCGGCCGCAGCCGUCGCCCGCCGCGGAGGGUGCUGCUCCGCGCCGCUGGCCAGGCCGCCCUGUGCCCGGGCCUUUCCGUCCUUGGAGCGGAUUGUUGCCCGCCGGGCGCCCGCCUAGAGCGACAGCACUCGCCAGAGCUGAGGCCGCGGUGGCGGCUGUGCCCAUGCCCGGGUGUCCACACUAAACCAUUUUCCCACCAUCACCACACCUUGCCUGGCCACUGGGACUGCAGGUGGCCACCUAUUCCCAUCUGUGGCUGAGCUGAGGCUACUUCUGUGAGAAGGCCCGACAGAUAGGAUGGGUGAUAUGGCCAACAGCUCCAUCGAAUUCCACCCCAAGCCCCAGCAGCAGCGGGAGGCCCCCCAUGCGGGCGGCUUUGGGUGCACAUUGGCUGAGCUGCGCACCCUCAUGGAGCUCCGAGGGGCUGAGGCACUACAGAAGAUCCAGGAGGCCUACGGAGAUGUCAGUGGGCUUUGCAGGAGGCUGAAGACCUCACCCACAGAGGGACUGGCGGACAGCACCAACGACUUGGAGAAGCGCAGGCAGAUCUAUGGGCAGAACUUUAUCCCUCCCAAGCAGCCCAAGACGUUCUUGCAGCUGGUGUGGGAGGCCCUGCAGGAUGUGACCCUCAUCAUCCUGGAGGUGGCCGCCAUCGUCUCCCUGGGCCUCUCCUUCUAUGCACCCCCUGGAGAGGAGAGUGAAGCCUGUGGGAAUGUAUCCGGUGGGGCAGAAGAUGAGGGGGAGGCUGAGGCUGGCUGGAUCGAAGGGGCUGCCAUCCUGCUGUCUGUCAUCUGUGUGGUGCUUGUCACGGCCUUUAAUGACUGGAGCAAGGAGAAGCAGUUUCGAGGCCUGCAGAGCCGCAUUGAGCAGGAGCAGAAGUUCACAGUCAUCCGGAAUGGGCAGCUCCUCCAGGUCCCUGUGGCUGCACUGGUGGUGGGGGACAUCGCUCAGGUCAAGUAUGGAGACCUGCUGCCUGCCGAUGGCGUGCUCAUCCAGGGCAACGACCUGAAGAUCGAUGAGAGCUCUCUGACAGGCGAGUCGGAUCAUGUGCGCAAGUCAGCUGAUAAAGACCCUAUGCUGCUUUCAGGCACUCAUGUCAUGGAAGGUUCUGGAAGAAUGGUGGUAACGGCCGUUGGUGUAAACUCCCAGACAGGCAUUAUCUUUACCUUGCUUGGAGCUGGUGGAGAGGAGGAGGAGAAAAAAGAUAAGAAAGGAAAGCAGCAAGAUGGGGCGAUGGACAGUAGCCAGACCAGAGCUAAAAAGCAGGAUGGGGCAGUUGCCAUGGAAAUGCAGCCCCUGAAGAGCGCAGAGGGUGGGGAGAUGGAGGAGCGAGAGAAGAAGAAAGCCAACGUGCCCAAGAAGGAGAAGUCAGUUCUACAGGGGAAGCUCACAAAACUGGCUGUGCAGAUUGGAAAAGCAGGGCUGGUGAUGUCUGCCAUCACCGUCAUCAUCCUGGUCCUCUACUUUGUGAUUGAGACCUUCGUUGUGGAUGGCCGGAUGUGGCUGGCAGAGUGCACACCCGUCUAUGUGCAGUACUUCGUGAAGUUCUUCAUCAUCGGUGUCACUGUGUUGGUUGUGGCUGUCCCUGAGGGCCUGCCUCUUGCCGUCACCAUCUCCUUGGCUUACUCUGUCAAGAAAAUGAUGAAGGACAACAACCUGGUACGCCACCUGGAUGCCUGUGAGACCAUGGGCAAUGCCACUGCCAUCUGCUCAGACAAGACGGGCACGCUCACCACCAACCGGAUGACUGUGGUCCAGUCCUACUUAGGAGAUACCCACUACAAAGAGAUUCCAGCCCCCAGUGCCCUGACCCCCAAGAUCCUUGACCUCCUGGUCCAUGCCAUCUCCAUCAACAGUGCCUACACCACCAAAAUACUACCUCCAGAGAAGGAAGGCGCUCUCCCACGCCAAGUGGGCAAUAAGACGGAGUGUGCUCUGCUGGGCUUUGUCCUGGACCUGAAGCGGGACUUCCAGCCUGUGCGGGAGCAGAUUCCAGAAGAUAAGCUUUACAAAGUGUACACCUUCAACUCAGUCCGCAAGUCCAUGAGCACGGUCAUCCGCAUGCCUGACGGCGGCUUCCGCCUCUUCAGCAAGGGGGCUUCGGAAAUCCUGCUCAAAAAGUGCACCAACAUCUUAAACAGCAAUGGUGAACUCCGAAGUUUUCGUCCUCGGGACCGGGAUGACAUGGUGAAGAAGAUCAUUGAGCCAAUGGCUUGCGACGGCCUCCGUACCAUCUGCAUCGCCUACCGAGACUUCUCUGCAGGCCAGGAGCCUGACUGGGACAACGAGAAUGAGGUGGUGGGUGACCUCACCUGCAUAGCUGUCGUGGGCAUUGAGGAUCCCGUACGGCCUGAGGUCCCUGAAGCUAUCCGCAAAUGCCAGCGUGCAGGCAUCACAGUUCGCAUGGUGACUGGAGACAACAUCAACACGGCCCGGGCCAUUGCAGCCAAGUGUGGCAUCAUCCAACCAGGAGAGGACUUCCUGUGCUUGGAAGGGAAGGAGUUCAACAGGAGAAUCCGCAACGAGAAAGGCGAGAUAGAACAAGAGCGGCUGGACAAGGUGUGGCCCAAGCUGAGGGUGCUCGCCAGGUCGUCUCCCACCGACAAGCACACUCUAGUCAAAGGGAUCAUCGACAGCACUACUGGUGAGCAGCGGCAGGUGGUGGCAGUGACUGGAGAUGGCACCAACGAUGGGCCAGCCCUCAAGAAGGCAGAUGUGGGCUUUGCCAUGGGGAUUGCAGGAACUGACGUGGCCAAGGAGGCCUCUGACAUCAUCCUGACCGAUGACAACUUCACCAGCAUUGUCAAGGCAGUCAUGUGGGGCCGCAACGUCUAUGACAGCAUCUCCAAGUUCUUGCAGUUCCAGCUGACAGUCAACGUUGUGGCUGUGAUUGUGGCCUUCACAGGCGCCUGCAUCACUCAGGACUCUCCUCUCAAAGCUGUGCAGAUGUUGUGGGUGAACUUGAUCAUGGACACAUUUGCUUCUCUGGCCCUGGCAACGGAGCCUCCCACAGAGUCACUGCUGCUGCGGAAGCCUUAUGGCCGGGACAAACCCCUCAUCUCUCGCACCAUGAUGAAGAAUAUCCUAGGCCAUGCAGUCUAUCAGCUCACCAUCAUCUUCACCCUGCUCUUUGUCGGGGAGCUCUUCUUUGACAUCGACAGUGGGAGGAAUGCACCUCUGCACUCCCCGCCCUCAGAGCACUACACCAUCAUCUUUAACACCUUCGUCAUGAUGCAGCUCUUCAAUGAGAUCAAUGCCCGCAAGAUCCAUGGCGAAAGGAAUGUCUUUGAUGGCAUCUUCAGCAACCCCAUCUUCUGCACCAUUGUCCUGGGUACCUUUGGAAUUCAGAUUGUCAUCGUCCAGUUUGGCGGGAAGCCCUUCAGCUGCUCCCCUCUGUCCACAGAGCAGUGGCUCUGGUGCCUGUUUGUUGGUGUUGGGGAGCUGGUCUGGGGACAGGUCAUCGCCACCAUCCCCACCAGCCAGCUCAAGUGCCUGAAGGAAGCUGGACAUGGGCCUGGGAAAGAUGAGAUGACUGAUGAGGAACUGGCCGAGGGGGAAGAGGAGAUAGACCAUGCUGAGCGGGAACUGCGCAGGGGCCAGAUCCUCUGGUUCCGGGGCCUCAACCGGAUCCAGACGCAGAUGGAGGUAGUGAGUACCUUCAAGAGAAGCGGGUCAUUUCAGGGUGCUGUGCGCCGGCGGUCUUCGGUCCUCAGCCAGCUCCAUGACGUAACCAAUCUUUCUACCCCUACUCACGUAACUCUCUCUGCCGCCAAGCCCACCAGCGCUGCUGGCAAUCCGGGUGGUGAAAGCCUUCCGUAGCUCACUCUAUGAAGGCCUGGAGAAACCGGAAUCCAAGAGCUCCAUCCACAACUUCAUGGCAACGCCCGAGUUUCUGAUCAAUGACUACACCCACAACAUCCCGCUCAUCGAUGACACAGAUGUGGACGAGAACGAGGAGCGCCUGCGAGCACCCCCACCCCCAGCCCCCAACCAGAACAACAACGCCAUAGACAGCGGCAUCUACCUGGCCACGCAUGUCACCAAGUCAGCUACCUCUUCAGCAUUCUCUUCCAGGCCCGGGAGCCCGCUCCACAGCGUGGAGACGUCCCUCUAACCAGAACUUCUCUCGGCACAUGCACACUUGGACUCACAUGCAGUCACACGCACACAGUCACGCACACACACACUGGGGGGGGGGGAGCCCACACACCUGCCAAAGAGGGAAACGACUAAGGUGGCUGAAGAAUAUUCUUGUAAGAAGCCAAAUCCAUCCAGUAAGGUGCAGUCCGUCAGGCCUUCCACCUGGGACAGAGGAAGAGGAGAAGGAGGGAGUAGAUGGGCAAGUGGAGGAGGAGGGGGAAGGUUCUUCACCCAGAUGGGAAGAAGGAGAAAGGAGAGAGCAAGAACAGCUGUGCUCCCCACUUUUUUUCUACCAAUCCUUUUUUAAAGAACACUACAAUUUCACCAUGUGUUCGCCAUUUUGGCUGUGAGGUGGGAGCAGGGGCUGGUUUUGGUUUAUUGGGAGCUUCAUUGCACCCACCAGCAAGCAAUCAGAUCUGCAUACCCCCACCAAAAAAGGCCAGCGCUCUGCAGGGUCAGGAAGGGUGCCACUGCCCAGACAGGCCACCGGAGGGAGCCGCCUGCAAGUGUACCUGCAACUGCAAAGCAACUCAUUCUGAGUACACUAGACCCAUCUGCAGUCCCUGCGUGUGCUUGUGCGUACAUAUGUAUGUGUGUGUCUAUAUGCAUAUACAUAUAUAUGACAAGAUGCAUAUCUAAAGAAUAAGGAACUAUUGGCAUGAUAUUUCCAUUCCUCUUAUUAAGUGUUUUCCUUUUGAAAUUUCAUUUCUGAAUGUAGCAAGGUUUUUUCAGGGAACUAGGCUGCAAGAAUAUGUUCUCAGUUAAUAUCUUUUCUUCCCUAACUCCUGGCCCCUCAGGACCCCACCCCCACCCCACUGCUUCUCCUUCCUAGCCCUGCCGAGAUUCCCAAGGAGGAAGUCUGGGGAGGGAUGCUCGAGGCCUGGAGGCCUUACAAUUGGAACAUUUGCACUUUGAGACCCCUGCCUAUAGAGGAGAAAAACCUUUCAAUGGGAUUUUUUAUUUAAAAGGAAAAUACCAAAGUAUUGAUGAGAAUGGACCCCCUCCAGUAGGUGGAAGGGGAAUUUUUGUUUUGGCUUCCUUUGGUUUUGAUUCCAAUUCCAAAUCCUUCAUUCUGGCUGAUGGUUUUCUUUGUCUAACUCCUACUUCAAGAGCAUGAAGCACUGUGUGUGAGCUGUGGGUUCUACAGCCCCUGACCCGUCUAACCCAAUGGGUGGACCCAGAGUCCUUGGGAGAAGCCCUGGAAGAGCAGAGAGUGAUGGCCCCCAAUGCAAGACCAGAGUCCAACAGAAAACAACUGAAGAAGAGGGAUCAUCAAAACCCAAGAAGCUGGGCUGGAGGUAUGGCUCAGUGGCAGAGGCUGGCCUAGCAUGACAAGACCCAGCACCAAACCAAACAAAAAAACUCAAGAAGCUGACUUGAGGGAAACCAUCCAGACCCCAUCACCCUUGACACCACUGCCUGGGCUCCCACUCUGUGUUUUGGCAAAUGCCAGGAAGCACUCACUGGCCCGCCUCAGUGUCUCAGUGUCUGCUGCAGCACGGGUAGUGCCCCCCUGCCAGAGCACUCUCCCAAUCCUGGUCUUCUCAUCCAAAAGAAAAACAUAACCCACAAAGGCAUGGAUCUGUGUCGCUGCCACUUCCGGCAACAUUAGAGAAGCAAAGCCUCUUGGAGCAAUGGCAUUUUGUCAGUGUUGCUGUCAGUCUCAUCAUGCCAGUGAUUCAACUGGGGCCAUAGUGGUUGAACAAGGGGCAGGCAGGGCUCGGGACCAUCCAGGCAGGCAGGGCUGGUCAGCAGGCCAGGAGAGCUGGGCCUGGGGUUCCUGAGAUGGGUUCCCCAAGCGUCUCUCCUGGCAAAUGCAGGCACCCAGCACACCAAGCCUCGUAUUCCCCUAAAGAGCGAUAACCCAAGAGGAAAAUGCAGGGAACUCAGGAGUGAGAGGCUCCUGAUGUCUGGGACAGAUGCGCCCCUUUCCCAUGGAAGGCCAACACCCCCCUGUGCCUCCAGGUUCCAAGUGUGGACACCCACAGUGACACCAGUGAAAUGGGCAGCACUUUACCCAUGAGGUUCCUUUACCUUCUGAACUCACUGGUGUCACCCAUCACAGGGAGGUAACUGGGGUCUCACCACAGACCCCACAUAAGCCUAUUGCUUAGGGCUCAGCAUCCGGGACACAGGUGGAAGCCAAGGGGUGUACAAUGAGAAUAAAUGGAGCUCCCCAGGGAGCUGGGCCUGUCACACCCCCAUCCUGUACUGGAAGCCCAGUGGUAGCCUUGCCUCACCUCCCCAGCAUCCAUGCAAAUCCAAAAGAAAACAUGCUCUGCCCCAGCAUUCACACUAAUGCCAUGUCACCCCUGAGCAGGAGUAGUCAAAUCUCGGGCAAAAGAAUUUCAGUUAGAAGAGCAAAUCCCACUUUCCAAUGCCAGCUGCGGAUACCUUAAAGCCAUCCCUUUUUUCUAAAGGGCACAUUGAGAAUGUUACUCAUUUGUAAAUUGUUCCCUGAUGUCCUUGUUCAAA